AUGGCUGUACAAAUUAUAUCUAUAUUAAUAUUAUAUUUUAUUGGAACAUUACCAGCUGAUAUUGGAGAAUUAUUACAUAUAUUUAAAAUUUCCUCUCAUGGUGAAGAAGAAUCAGCUGUACAGGAAGAAAUCUUUUUAUAUCUUAUUUCUUUAAUUACACCAUGUAUAUGUUUAAUGAGUUUACCAGAAAUCUAUACAAAAAUUCCUUUCUUACCAUGUUUAAGACUAAUAGUAAAUGCUCGAUUUAAUGUAGUAUUUUCUACACGUCAAAAUCAAGUAGGAAUAGCUGAUUUGAAUACACGAAGAUUAACGAUUAAACCAAUUUAA